GGUUUGCUUUCUCACAUUACCACGUUAGUUUGUUUCAGUGAAAUCGCCAACAAACUGAUAAUUCGCAUGCUUACAGUGUUAUUGUUUAAAUAAAUUUGUUCGAAAAGCAGAGGAGUCAUGGGUAAAAGGUUACUAUGCGUAACUCUGGCCAUUAUGAGCCUUGUUCAAUAUGUUUCAGCCACAAGUGUGAUAUGUUAUCAUGGAACUUGGUCGUACUACCGAACUGGAAAUGGAAAAUUUGUCUUCAGCAACGUCCCAACCGAUCUAUGCACACAUUACAUUUAUACCUUCAUGGGACUAGACUCAUCAACAUCUGAAGUCGUUUCUUUGGAUAGCUGGCUGGAUAUCGACUUAGGUGGAAUAACAGCAGCAGCUAAUCUGAAAGUAACAAAUCCUGACCUUAAGGUACUUUUGGCUGUUGGAGGAUGGAAUGCAGGAUCGGCAGAAUUUUCAGUUAUGGCCGCUGAUGCAACUAAAAGAGCCACAUUUAUCGCUUCUGCUUUGAGUUGGGUGCAGACUUACGGUUUGGACGGGUUUGAUCUGGACUGGGAAUAUCCCGCUAGAAGAGACAGCACAAACUCAGCUGAUAAGGAGAACCUUUCGUUGCUUGUGCAAGAAUUCUAUGAAGUAUUUAACCCACUUGGCUUACUUAUAACAGCAGCAGUCAGCGUUACUCCCAGCUCCGUUGAUAUUUCAUACGAUGUUCCUGUAUUAUCGCAAUACCUCGAUUUUAUCAACUUGAUGCUCUACGACUUCCAUGGGUCUUGGGACACGGAGGCUUACCAUAACGCACCUUUAUACAGUACUUCCAAACUUAUUGGUACUGAAUAUGCAGACUACAGUGUGAAUGCUUGUGUCCACGGUUGGAUUGAACGGGGCGCUUCCCCGGCAAAACUCGCUCUUGGCGUGCCAUUCUAUGGAAGAACGACAGUUCUUUCCAGCUCCAGUAAUACUGCACCAGGAUCAGCUUCCACAUCCACAGGAGGCGCUGCUGGUCCUUACACAGCUACUUCAGGUUUUCUUGGAUACAAUGAGAUUGUCGAGAAAUUUAAUGCUGGAGGAUGGACCACAGCUUGGGACGAUGAGCAGCAAGUGCCUUACGCUUAUUCUGGUACGACUUGGUUAAGUUAUGACGAUGAAGACUCGAUUGCUCUCAAGGUGAAAUACGCUAAAUCGCUUGGACUGGGAGCCAUUAUGAUUUGGUCUAUUGAAACUGAAGACUUUCUUGGAUUGAAUGGCACCCAGUAUCCACUAUUAACUACCAUUCAGAAUACCCUGGGCUUGAGCAUUUCCUCAUCCAGUACCACAUCGACUAGCACUUCAACUACAAGCACAACUGCUGCUUCCACUACCGCUUCAACUACUUCCACCACAGCUGCAACGACUUCAACAGCUGCAGCUUCAUCAGCAACAACUGCAAGUACCACAACCACGUCCACAACAACAGCUUCGUCCAGUGUUGGAUCAUCGUCCACUUCAACAUUGAUCGCAGACGCCAAUUCUUGUACGAGUACUGGUUACUUUGGAAGCAGCGCGAAUUCCAACAUUUACUUCUACUGCCAAUUGGUUAAUGGUGCCUAUGUGGGCGUCACAAUGAGUUGUGUUACUAGUUUGGUUUACGAUUCCGACUUGGGAGUUUGCGUUUACCCCUAGAAAUCUUUGGAUGUGUGKUAUGAGGUGAUUGCCCUUACUACUCGGGAAUUAAAGUACAAAUCAGGUUUACUUUAAAUMAUUUUCAGGGAAUUUUGUUUUUAAGUGGAUAAUAAAAGCUUUGCA